AUGUCUGCAGUCAAGUUUACAAUAUCUAGUGAUGACCAAGACGGUGUUCCAUGCCCAGAUUCUAUUCCAUUGACAGUUGACGAAAUAACAAAAAGUAUAGUCGGUCAUCUUAAAACUCAGUGCUCCAAAAUUCUCUCUGGAUGCUGGUCUGAUACAAAUAAUUUCUGUAUUGAGCUAUCUAAGAGUUGUGGAUUAAGUAAUUAUUUAUAUAUUGGAUAUUUAAAUAAUGAUAUUAUUCCUAUGGAAAAUGAACCACGUAAAGUACUUAUUCGUGUAUAUGGUGAAGUAUUAAGAAGUUGUACAGAUUCAAUUAUUUCUGAUUCAGUUAAUUUUGCAUUACUUUCGGAAAAAAGAAUUGGACCUAAACUUCAUGGUGUAUUUCCUGGUGGACGAAUUGAAGAAUAUAUUGAGUCCAGACCUUUAACUACACAGGAACUUCCAUUAAUUAUUGAAGUAGCAGCACGGCAUAUGGCUUCUUUUCAUAAAUUAUCCAUGCCAUUUUCAAAAACCCCAUCAUUCAUAAUAAGAAUGUUUGAUAAAUAUCUUAGUCAGUUGACAAGCACGCCUGAACAUUUACAUCGUCCAUCUCCAAAUUUUUCUUCAAAUACUUUAUCUAAAUUACAAUCAAAAGGUUUCUCUUUUGCAAAUGAUGGACAUAUAUUGACGGAACCAUCUUAUGAAGAAGCUAGAAAUAUGGUAUAUGAAUUAUCUCUCAUAGAGGAAUAUAAUUGGAUAAAAGAAAAAUUUGAAGUUCAUUAUGCUGAAGUAUUCCCGAUUGUAUUUUGCCAUAAUGAUUUCCAAGAAAAUAACCUACUUCUUUUAAAUGAUCCAGAAGUUGAAAAGUUCUAUCGUAUUCUACCAAUCGACUUUGAAUACUCUGGUUAUAAUUAUCGUGCUUUUGAUAUUGGGAAUCAUUUUAAUGAAUGGUGUUAUGAUUACACAAACCCUAAUCGACCAAAUUAUUUUCACAACAUUGAAAAUUACCCAGAUCGUUCAAAACAAAAACUAUUUUGGAAAUCAUAUCUAAUUGAAGCCAAUUCAAUUGUAGAAAAUGAUCAUUUUAAUAAAAGAAAUGGUAAUUUCAAUUUUGUUGAUCAUUAUGACAAUAAUAAUACUAAUACUGCUACUACUACUACUAAUAAUAAUAAUCAAACUGUAGUUGGAUUUUCUAAUCACCUCCAUAAUGAGGAAUAUGAUGAUGAAAUUUUAUGGAUUGAAACAAUUUAUGGUUCAUUAUUAUCACAUUUAUUUUGGUCUGCAUGGUCACUUGUUCAAAGUCAAUUAUCAAGUAUUCAAUUUGAUUUUAUGGAUUAUGCUAAAGUUCGUAUGCAACAUUAUCGUCUUAUGAAAUCUUGGUUACCUCGGGAACAUUUAUGA